AUGGGAAGGCCUCCUUGUUGUGACAAAUCCAAUGUGAAAAGGGGCCUUUGGACUCCUGAAGAAGAUGCUAAAAUACUUGCCUAUGUGGCCAACCAUGGUACUGGAAACUGGACAUUGGUUCCAAAAAAAGCAGGGCUGAAUAGGUGUGGCAAGAGCUGUAGGCUAAGAUGGACCAACUACCUAAGACCUGACCUCAAGCAUGAUAGUUUUACUCCCCAAGAAGAAGAGCUCAUUAUCAACCUUCAUGGAGCAAUAGGAAGCAGAUGGUCUUUAAUUGCAAAGCGACUACCCGGGAGAACAGACAAUGAUGUCAAGAACUACUGGAACACAAAGCUGAGAAAGAAGCUUAUGAAGAUGGGAAUUGAUCCAAUAACACAUAAGCCAGUGUCACAAGUCCUCUCUGACUUGGGAAACAUAAGUGGCCUCCCAAACACAAGCAACCAAACGGGUUUUUCAAUUGUGGAUCACACACAAGAGGAUCAAGUUGACUCAUGGGAACAUCAAGUGCAAUACCAAGUCACCAACUUAGACAAUGUCCAACCACAUGUCUUCAGUGAAGCUGCAUCCUCAACCUCAUCCUCAUCUUCCUCUAAUCUCACACAAUUAAGCUCUCCAAAGUCCUAUUCUUGCCAAACACAAAUCAACCCUCCUUGUUCUUCCUUUGAUUGGAGUGAGUUUCUUCACAGUGACCCAUUUAUGUGGUCAGAGUUUCAGCAGCUACAACAGUGUGACUUACAAAGGGUUGUGUCAUCAUUGAACCCCUCAACUCUAUUGCAAAGUGAAGUUGAACUUUCUAACUAUACCAAAAGCAAUGGACAUGACAAGCAUGGAGCUGCAAGUGAGGAUUCUGAGGCUGUUGCUUGUGAUGCAAGCAUGGAAUAUCAAAUUAAUAAGCAGUGUGAGGGUCAUUCUUCUUCAGGGAAUUCAUUUGUGGAUGGUAUUUUGGAUAAGGAUAGUGAGAUAAGAGCAGCAUUCCCUGAACUUUUGGAUCCUUCUUUUGAUUACUAA